AUGUGCCAUCUUCAAAUUGCUACCUGGGAUGAAUACCAGGGGUGCGCUCGCGUCAAAUACGACUUGAUUGAUAUCCACCCCGAAAAGCGGAAGCUCUUUCUGGAAAAAGACGCAAAAUGGUGGGAGGAAAUAUUGAAGAACGACAAAGGCGUCAGCGACGAACUCGCGCACGCCCCGAUUAUCGUGGUCUCCAAAGAUGCACUCGAAAACGCAAGGAGAAGAAGUCACAGCCCCAGUAACCACCAAGCCCCACCAACUCUUGUAUUUAGACACAAUGAAAUGCUAUGCCUAGAUGGGCAGUCUCGCAUCAGGGCAGCGUUGAAUUCGGUUCUCGGACUAGGUACCAGUGGAUUUGGAGCGGUACAUAUCGUGCUCGAUAGUAUUAACGAUGCCCAGAGAGACGAACUUCUUUACGACCUUUGUCACCAGAUCCGACCAGACUGUGGUCAACUUUACGCGAGCAUUCUCAACUCGGAGAACUUGGAAGAGAGACACAAGAAUCAAAAACUCAAAUCAACGCUAGGGUCAAUCGAGAAGUAUCUACUGGGCUAUAUCCUCGCCUUUUGGGAAGGUGUUGUCAGGAAAACGCAAUCGCGGACAAAUAGUUCGGACCAGUUUCAUUUAGGCGACAUUCCGACGGAGGCGUUCAAAUCAUUACAGGGUCUGAUACCUGGAAUAUCAGAAAUAGACCGCAGCCAAGUUCGCGAAGUGUUUGCGCGGCCUGCCUUGGGGAGCCUUAGCAGAAAGCAUAGACGUGCCCUGAAGAAGAGCAUUUUAAAGUCUUAUUGUAUGAUUCCAUCGAUGGCGCUGUUUUCGGUACACAUGCGAGUCUUGGAGAAAGCCUCUAUCUGCAUGAAAAAACUGCUUGAACUAGACGGGGAGAACAGGAAGCGCGGGCAGGGUUGUGCAAAUCCCCUCGAGAACGUACUGAAAAGACUUUACACUGCAGAAAGAAACGUAUAUGACGAGUACCAGAUUCAAACAACGAACGGUUGGAGGACAAUACGUGCACCAUUUGAAGACCGCCAGGAGCUCAGUUGUCGUCAGCUGUGGCUGUUUGUGAUGCGACAUGACGAUCCGGCGGCUUUAGACCAAGGCCAUUUGGCAUAUAUGGCAAAGCAAUUAGGGUUCUACUCAGUUCUGAUAGAAGUAGACGCAGCUAAACACGGGCAUGUUGGCCAUGACCAGGCUGCGAAGCCGCACCCUGUCUCCUGGACGGAGGAUUCCUCCGUUUCGAUCGACGAACGACUAGGGCAAAAAGGUGGGAGGUGGCUUGCGAGGACAAAGCAAGCGAGAAAUCACUUGUUUUUUGACGUCGCAGAGACCAUCGGGACCAAGGCAGCGCAGAAGUUCCAGAAACUGAUCACGGUCACUCCGCUGGUGGAAUUGGCAUGCAUUUAUCGUGCCCUUUUCGGGGAUCCCUUCUCACCAUCAAAAUACGCUGAGAUUCCACGCGCGGAAGGCCAUGCAAGUUCCGGGUCUCUGGCAAAAGCGAAAACCAGUAGCGAACUUUCACCACCAUCAAGAGAGCCAUCCGAUUGUGGACAUGGUAGUGAGAAUGAAUCGAUUUACUACGACGCGCUCAUCGUCCCAUGCGGUGAUCCACCAAUGACAGCAUUCGAGCGACCGGAAGAGGAGCAAAACAAUUUGGAGGGACACAGCUACCUUCAGCUCUGUAAAGUGGCCGAAAAUGGAGACCCUCCAGCUGGAAGCUCUACUAAGAGUCAAAUGGACUUGGCCGAGCCUGAGAUCUACGGAGACCGCUCACCUGGAAGGUCUACAGAUUUCUCUAUUGUCCUGCAGUCGAACACAAAUAGCGUCCCAGCUCCAAGCCGUACAUUGAACGACAGGUGUCUGACGGAGCCUGACAGGCAAGGGGACAGCAAUUUGGGGGGACACAGCUACCUUCAGCUCUGCAAAGUGGCCGAAAAUGGAGACCCUCCAGCUGGAAGCUCUACACAGAGUCAAAUGGACUUUGCCGAGCCUGAGAUCUACGGGGACCGCUCACCUGGAAGGUCUACAGAUUUCUCUAUUGUGCUGCAGCCGGAGACAAAUGGCGUCCCAGCUGCAAGCCGUACAUUGAAUGAGAGGUGUCUGACGGAGCCUGACAGGCAAGGGGACAGCAAUUUGGGGGGACACAGCUACCUUCAGCUCUGUAAGGCGGUAGAGAGGGGAGAUCCUCCAGCAAGAAGCUGUAUAUUGAAUGACAGGAACUUUGACGAGCCCCAGAUAGACGGGGACCGCUCACCUAGAAGGUCUACAUACUUCUCCAUUGUCCUGCAGUCGAACACAAAUAGGGUCCCAGCUGUGAGCCGUACAUUGAACGACAGAUGUCUGAUGGAGCCUGACAGGCAAAGGGACAGCAAUUUGGAGGGAUACAGCUACCUCCAGCUCUGUAAAGCGGCCGAAAAUGGAGACCCUCCAGCUGGAAGCUCUACUAAGAGUCAAAUGGACUUGGCCGAGCCUGAGAUCUACGGAGACCGCUCACCUGGAAGGUCUACAGAUUUCUCUAUUGUCCUGCAGUCGAACACAAAUAGCGUCCCAGCUGUGAGCCGUACAUUGAACGACAGAUGUCUGAUGGAGCCUGACAGGCAAAGGGACAGCAAUUUGGAGGGAUACAGCUACCUCCAGCUCUGUAAAGCGGCCGAAAAUGGAGACCCUCCAGCUGGAAGCUCUACACAGAGUCAAAUGGACUUUGCCGAGCCUGAGAUCUACGGGGACCGCUCACCUGGAAGGUCUACAGAUUUCUCUAUUGUGCUGCAGCCGGAGACAAAUGGCGUCCCAGCUGCAAGCCGUACAUUGAAUGAGAGGUGUCUGACGGAGCCUGACAGGCAAGGGGACAGCAAUUUGGGGGGACACAGCUACCUUCAGCUCUGUAAGGCGGUAGAGAGGGGAGAUCCUCCAGCAAGAAGCUGUAUAUUGAAUGACAGGAACUUUGACGAGCCCCAGAUAGACGGGGACCGCUCACCUAGAAGGUCUACAUACUUCUCCAUUGUCCUGCAGUCGAACACAAAUAGGGUCCCAGCUGUGAGCCGUACAUUGAACGACAGAUGUCUGAUGGAGCCUGACAGGCAAAGGGACAGCAAUUUGGAGGGAUACAGCUACCUCCAGCUCUGUAAAGCGGCCGAAAAUGGAGACCCUCCAGCUGGAAGCUCUACUAAGAGUCAAAUGGACUUGGCCGAGCCUGAGAUCUACGGAGACCGCUCACCUGGAAGGUCUACAGAUUUCUCUAUUGUCCUGCAGUCGAACACAAAUAGCGUCCCAGCUGUGAGCCGUACAUUGAACGACAGAUGUCUGAUGGAGCCUGACAGGCAAAGGGACAGCAAUUUGGAGGGAUACAGCUACCUCCAGCUCUGUAAAGCGGCCGAAAAUGGAGACCCUCCAGCUGGAAGCUCUACACAGAGUCAAAUGGACUUUGCCGAGCCUGAGAUCUACGGGGACCGCUCACCUGGAAGGUCUACAGAUUUCUCUAUUGUGCUGCAGCCGGAGACAAAUGGCGUCCCAGCUCCAAUCCGUACAUUGAACGACAGGUGUCUGACGGAGCCUGACAGGCAAGGGGACAGCAAUUUGGGGGGACACAGCUACCUUCAGCUCUGUAAAGUGGCCGAAAAUGGAGACCCUCCAGCUGGAAGCUCUACACCGAGUCACAGGGACUUUGCCGAGCCUGAGAUCUACGGGGACCGCUCACCUGGAAGGUCUACAGAUUUCUCUAUUGUGCUGCAGCCGGAGACAAAUGGCGUCCCAGCUGCAAGUCGUACAUUGAAUAAUAGAAGUCUUAAUGAGCCCGAGACAAACGAACAAUAUUUCUCCGAAAUAUGUGCAGUGAACUCAUUUAGUCCAGUCGAGUCUAAGGCAGGUGAUAGAUCUGUUUCGACAUCGUCAACUUCCAGUCCCAUAACCGGCUCUGUGCAGGCGACAGGCAAUGGUAAUAAUUUGCAUUAUCAUGGAGACAGCUCAGCUGGAAGCAUUAUAUCAAAUGUCCAUAGCCUUAUAGCACCGGCGAUACAAGGUGAUGGGUCAGCGGAAAUAUCUACCUCCACAUCGAGUCACGAUAUCCCUGGGGAGUUUCAGGCAGAUCGUCCGUCUGUUUCUGAGCUGUCGCCUUUCAGUCCAAUGGCAGGUCCUAAUUGGACGAAGGUCGCUAGCAAUACCUUAAGGUGGCUAGAUUUGGCACGUUUACACCAACCACUGAGGAUUCCACCGAUCGUGGAGGGGUUUUGUGUGACCUACCCGCCUUUGACCCGUUCCCUACCAACGCAGAAGUUGCUGCAUUGGAACGGUGCCGCGGUUACAUCUCUAGAGCCAAGCACCAAGAUCCAAAUCCAGGAGCAAGUAGAUUGGCGCGAAAUGGGCGAGAACGACGGGGCGAACCAGAGAGAUUGUUUGAAUUACCUCGAGUCUCUGGUCGUGGAUAGUCCGCCGAUAUCACCUUAUCCGGUUGAGGAAAUGCAGGGUAGCCAGCACUGCCCGGCUGCGGUGGCGGUCAAUCUAGGUAAAAAUGGGUUGUUGGAGCAAAACAGCCUAAGAGCCCAAGACACUAGCGAAUAUGUUGCGUCGAUAUCGGGCCACAAGGACCAAGUGGAGCGAAUUCGUCAAACACAACCCCAAAGUCAUAGUUCCAAGACCGCAAGGGCAGAGCCUGAAGAAAUUCAUUCCUUAGAGCAGAGUGAACCUGUUAAAACCACAUACCGCUCUGAUCCUUUUUCGAUUGGUUUUCAAGGCAGCUGCCAGGAGCACCUUCCCACGUCCCUUCUUGGAGAUAUUUCACAGCACCGUGAUUGCAUGAGCCUAUUUAGCCCAUCAAGCUGUAGCGAUGGGGAGAGUGAUCUGGAAGGCGGUGUUUUGAACACUGCAGACGCUACAAUGUUGACGAAGGAUAAGUCAAUCGGCUCAGCUACUUCGAGUGCGAAGAGUAUCAAGGCACAUUGGAAUCCAAUUCUUACUAGCAAUGAAAGAUGUCCGCCAUUGGUGUCACAGAAUUCACCGCACAUGGCUCGUCUUGCGCCCUGCGGGCAAGACUAUCGUUAUAUAGAUCCUGAGAACCACUAUCUGUCUUCGCAGAUGAGUAGGACAUCGACGCUACCAUCUCACGCGACCCGCACGGUAUCUGACAGAACAGCAGCAGGACAGGAGCAGCCGGGUAAAAGUGUGGAACUUGCUGAAAGUACGCAGACCGCAUUCUGGUGCCCCAGAGGCCCGCCCACAGAACCCGAAAGCCAUUCAGGCAAAUAUGCGCAGGGAAGACACGGCAUUACGGAUAGCCGAUCAUUACAGACUGUUGUGGAAAAUGUGAACGAGGACUUCUCAGCUGCUACGGGACAGCCAGGGAAUGGCGACCUCCCAGAGGCAACCAAGCUCGGUCACGACCCAUGUACAUCACCGUUUUUUCGAGAAGACAGCCGGUUUGUCCAGGACGAAACAACACGGCUAUCAGAUAGGGAGUUACAACAACAACUGUCUGAGCGGAAUGAUGGACUCGUAGGGCGUUCAAAUCAGCAACCCCCUAUGGUCGAAGAUGUGGAUGUUGUGCGCGAAGAGAGUAACGGGCCCUUUUUGGAGCGACCAGUCGGCCACCUGGUAGCACCCCUGCCCCCGGAUAGAUCUGUGGAUCCUCCCGUGGGGCCUGCAAUCAUCCCUGUAUUAGAUCCGAUCCAGGACCCAGGCCCGCCAAGAGACAGUGCAACAGCCCCCGUGAAUCAGAGGAGUUGCCCUAGCAAGGACGGCAUCUCUGCAGCUGGGAGGAUCGGUCUUCCAACCCCGGCCUCGAACGAACCAUAUCUCAAUAGGGCCAGCGUUGUCCCAGAGACUAUUAAGAAAAGGAAGUGGCAGGGAUCAGAACCAGACGAGUGGAUUUCCAAACGUAGUUGUAUAGAAUCCCCCGUCAGAGAGCGACUUGAUGGAACAUUAAAGUGGGCUAUGCCAUGGCAUCGGACAGUUUCUGCACGACAUGAAAACAGCCAAGUGCAUGGGCCGAGGUCAAUAGCUGCUACCGAGGAAUUGCUAGCAUUUCUACAAAGAUGCAAUGCUACCGGACAGCCAGGGAAUGGCGACCUCCCAGAGGCAACCAAGCUCGGUCACGACCCAUGUACAUCACCGUUUUUUCGAGAAGACAGCCGGUUUGUCCAGGACGAAACAACACGGCUAUCAGAUAGGGAGUUACAACAACAACUGUCUGAGCGGAAUGAUGGACUCGUAGGGCGUUCGAAUCAGCAACCCCCUAUGGUCGAAGAUAUGGAUGUUGUGCGCGAAGAGAGUAACGGGUCCGUUUUGGAGCGACCAGUCGGCCACCUGGUAGCACCCCUGCCCCCGGAUAGAUCUGUGGAUCCUCCCGUGGGGCCUUCAAUCGUCCCUGUAUUAGAUCCGAUCCAGGACCCAGGGCCGCCAAGAGACAGUGCAACAGGCCCCGUGAAUCAGAGGAGUUGCCCUGUGGAUCCUCCCACGGGGCCUACAAUCGUCCCUGUAUUAGAUCCUAUCCAGGACCCAGGGCCGCCAAGAGACAGUGCAACAGGCCCCGUGAAUCAGAGGAGUUGCCCUGUGGAUCCUCCCACGGGGCCUACAAUCGUCCCUGUAUUAGAUCCUAUCCAGGACCCAGGCCCGCCAAGAGACAGUGCAACAGCCCCCGUGAAUCAGAGGAGUUGCCCUAUCAAGGACGGCAUCUCUGCAGCUGGGAGGAUCGGUCUUCCAACCCCGGCCUCGAACGAACCAUAUCUCAAUAGGGCCAGCGUUGUCCCAGAGACUAUUAAGAAAAGGAAGUGGCAGGGAUCAGAACCAGACGAGUGGAUUUCCAAACGUAGUUGUAUAGAAUCCCCCGUCAGAGAGCGACUUGAUGGAACAUUAAAGUGGGCUAUGCCAUGGCAUCGGACAGUUUCUGCACGACAUGAAAACAGCCAAGUGCAUGGGCCGAGGUCAAUAGCUGCUACCGAGGAAUUGCUAGCAUUUCUACAAAGAUGCAAUGCUACCGGACAGCCAGGGAAUGGCGACCUCCCAGAGGCAACCAAGCUCGGUCACGACCCAUGUAUAUCACCGUUUUUUCGAGAAGACAGCCGGUUUGUCCAGGACGAAACAACACGGCUAUCAGAUAGGGAGUUACAACAACAACUGUCUGAGCGGAAUGAUGGACUCGUAGGGCGUUCAAAUCAGCAACCCCCUAUGGUCGAAGAUGUGGAUGUUGUGCACGAAGAGAGUAACGGGUCCGUUUUGGAGCGACCAGUCAGCCACCUGGUAGCACCCCUGCCGCCGGGUAGAUCUGUGGAUCCUCCCGUGGGGCCUUCAAUCGUCCCUGUAUUAGAUCCGAUCCAGGACCCAGGGCCGCCAAGAGACAGUGCAACAGGCCCCGUGAAUCAGAGGAGUUGCCCUGUGGAUCCUCCCACGGGGCCUACAAUCGUCCCUGUAUUAGAUCCUAUCCAGGACCCAGGGCCGCCAAGAGACAGUGCAACAGGCCCCGUGAACAAGAGGAGUUACUCUGGCAAGGAUGGCAUUUCUGCAGCUGGGAGGAUCGGUCUUCCAACCCCGGCCUCGAACGAACCAUAUCCCAAUAGGGCCGAAGUCGUCCCAGAGUACCAGGGAGAAUCCAGUUACACCAUUCCGGCGUGUACGGAAGCCCCACGCAAACGAUUCUGCUUGGGUCUGGACUCCCCGCGAGGUUUCCCACUGGCGCCAGGAGGCAGUGCAAGCGAUAACCAAGGAGAGACCAUCUGCGCUGAUACAGAACUGGGGUCUCCUGCAGAGACUCCCAAUGACGUGAACAUAUCAGCCCAAAAAAAUGCCGAUGAUUUUGUUUUUAUCGUUGAGCUCGUUGGCCACAGCGUUAAGCUGCGCAGUAAGUCUGGGAACUUCUUCAACAGGGAUCUACGAAUCGUUGAGCUCGAUUUGAGUAAAAGCGGAGCAACCCACAUGGACAUAUUCUUCGAGACAGAAGAGGUUGAGGAAGAUUAA